AUGACCACCCUCACCACAGGUUUACCCAUUGAUCAUCAAAUCCCAUCAAAACUAACACCAGCUCUAAGAAUCUCAAUUCAAAAAGCAACCUCAACCUUUCAAAAAGACUUCUGUUACGAUUUCUUACAAGCAAUUGUUGAAGAACCCAAAAUCUCAGAUACAUUAGGAAUCCAAUUGUUUUUAAACUUUUGUUUAAAAAAACCUGAAACACCUAUCAAAUCAUGGCAAGAUUCAAUCAAUCAAACUCCAGAUUCGAAUGAUUUAUACAAUUCAUUGGAUUCAAUCUUAUGUGAAAUUGAUAAUUUUUCAGAUUUUAUUGAUGGAUUCAUUCAAAUCAUCAAUACAACUGAACUCUUUAAAUUGGCUUAUCAUGAGAUAGAUGCAUGGAAUUUGUGUUUUAAAUUGUUAGCUUGUUUAGAUCUAUCUAAUUUACAAUCCGAUCCAAAUCAUCAACUUACCAUCACAUCAGAUUCAUCAUCUUCUUCAUUCUAUCAAGCCUUCAUGUCAUUUGGUAAAUACUUAAAACAUACAUUUGAUUCAAGAGUAUUAUUAGAACCGGCAAAAGUGGUGGAUCAUCUUUUGGAUCUAAACAAAAGACAAAUCGAAUUGAAGGCUUAUUGUACUUGGUUUCCUGCCAUUCAAACUUCAACUCGCUUGAUUAAAAAGAAAGGGAGGUUUGGUCUUGAAGAAUUGGCCAUUGAUUGA